AGCACCUUUCCCCGAAGGAGAACAAUUCAUAGGUUACUUCCGGAGGGAAAUACAUGAGCGGGGAAAGGACUAUGGCACAAAUUCCCCCUUCUCUGGUUCUUUGGCUGCUGCUGAUGUUGGUGCUACAAGAUGCUACCAAGGUAGAAGCAGCUUGUGGGCAGCCUGUGACGUCACGGAUCGUUGGAGGGCUAAACGCUUUGGAAGGGGAAUGGCCCUGGCAAGCCAGCAUUUUUCAAGGCAGCAGACUGGUUUGCGGAGGGUCCCUCCUCAGCUCCAACUGGGUAGUAUCUGCAGCUCACUGCUUCAAUUUCCCUGAAGUACCCUACGAAAUACAGUUGGGUGCUUAUAAACUCCAGGACCCUUCUCCUAAUAUGGUGACAUCGACCGUUAAACGUAUCAUCUCUCAUCCUGACUACACGAAAGAGGAAGGCUCAAGCUGGGACAUUGCUUUAGUGGAGCUGAAUUCCCCAGUGACUUUCAAUGACUAUAUUCUUCCCGUCUGCUUGCCAACAUCUUCUGCGGAGUUUCCUGCAGAUACAAAAUGCUGGGUCACUGGAUGGGGACAGGUUGGAUCAGGAAACUUGCCAUCACCCCAAAUCCUUCAGGAACUGGAGGUACCAAUCGUAGAUCGCAAGACUUGCAAUGAUCUCUAUAAUGAAAGCAAAGGAUAUCAGUUACAAACUGAUCUUGUCAAGGCUGAUAUGUUCUGUGCAGGGUACAAAGAAGGUGGAAAGGAUGCCUGCCAGGGCGAUUCCGGAGGACCCUUAGUUUGCAAAUCCAAUGGGGCCUGGACACUGGCUGGGGUAGUGAGUUGGGGGGAAGGCUGUGCUCAACGCAACCAAAUUGGCGUCUAUACAUCAGUGCCUUUCUACCUAGACUGGAUCCAAAGCAAAAUAAAUGCAAAUAAUGGUGGACUUUCAAACUUCCCCAGGGUGACUCUUCUUUUGCUGAUUUUUGCACCACUCUUCCUAUGAAAUACAGACCCUCAAUCACUCCGGACAUGAAAUCUGUACCAGCAACACUAUGAAUCUACUUUCAUUUUCAGCAAGCUGUUGAUCAAGGGAUUGAUUAUGUCAGAUUCUUUUAGGGAAACAAAAUUUUUAUCACAAUGUAGUAGCUUAAGUUCACUACAGGCUGAAGAAAAGCAGUGUUUCAUCUGUGCCAUGAGAGUAAAGUACUAGAAAUACUGACCAAUUUGGUAGGGAAGAGAGGGAAAUGAUGAAAAUCUCAUUUAUCAAAUAAGAUCAAAGACACUAUGGUAUAUUCUGCCAUCUGGUGGUAAAAUAUAUAAAUGUAAGAAUUUGUUACUGUUUUCAUUGUAGCCCAUCUAGGUCUGGGUUUUAAAAUUGUUUAAAAUAUUUGAACCUUACCUAGCUUCCAUGAAAUUCUAGGCAGUCCAAUAUACUUUUCCAUUAUUAAGAGCCCCAUACAACCUAUUAGUAGCUUGAGUUUUACUUACCACGAUGUGAGUGUAAACAAUUGUAUUUUGUACAAUGUUUAUGGUAUUUUUCAUUAUCAAUAUCAACUGGGGCCAUAUAAUCUAUUGGUGCAUGGUGAAGCUUGGGCUUUGCUUAGCACAUGUUAUGAAUCCAAACAAUUGUGUUUUGUACACAAUGUUUAUGAUUUAGCAUAAACUGAUCACUGUCUACAGAGUUGAAGAUGAUGACAAAUGUCCAAGUAUCUCUAUUGAUGUUCUAUUUCAGUGAAGUUCAACAAGAUCUAUUGGAUAGCAUGAAUUAUAUCACAUUUGACUGUGGGAAGAUGACA